AUGCUUUCAAUAGCCAUCACUCUCUUCGCAGCCCUUAUAAGUGGGACGUUCGCCGCUCCAGCCUCUAGUCGGACUGCCAUCCAACCACCCAGCGGAAGCGGUCAAAUCAUUGUGAGCCAGACCCAGCUCCGUGUGACGGGAUGCCUAAACGCCCAAGGCCUCUGGAACGUGGCAGACGACUGCGCCACCUUUUCCGGUGAUGGUGCCGGCGGUAUCUCCGGCCCGGAAGGAUUUCUUGCUCUCACAGAGGAUUCAGAAAUCACCACUUCGUCGUCAAGCUAUGAGACGACUUGGCUUGGCUAUUACUUGAAUGGAAACACAUCGGCUACAUACAUUUCUGCAGAUAAAACUACUAGCGAUGCUUCUGGACAAAUAUUGCUUCACGCGGACCAUGUUCCUUCUGGUACUGAGACGGUAUCAAUACACGGAUCUAGCUCAGAAGGGGAUGUUGCUGUGUACCUCUCCUGGAUUGCACAAUAA